AUGGCCCGUCCCAAAGCCACCUCCUCCGCCGCCCGCACCAAGUCCACCAACCCCAAACCCGCCGCCGCCUCACCACGCAAAGACCGCUCCCUCCGCCCCCGCAGCGGCCUCUCCUCCUACGCCGACACCGCCGGCGACUCCGACGACGACAAUGCCGACGCCGCCGACCAGGACGCCGAGGGCGACGAGGACGCAGAGUACUCGUCCGACGACGAGGAGGACGAGCCCGAAGAGGACGACGCGGAGCCCGAGGCCCCCGCGGAGCCGCUGCCGGAGCGCGGCGCAAACGGGACGCGCUCGCUGAGGCCCCGCGCGGCUCUGGGACAGCCGGAGGGCCUGAAGGACUAUGUGUCGACGGACGCGGCGCUGGGGCAUAAGAAGCGGCCGCGGGCGGCAGGGCCCGCGGUGCAGCGCGUGGCGAAGGGGAAGCGGCUGCCGCCGGGGAAGGCGUGUCUGGCGUGCCGCGCGAGCCGGCGGCGUGUUUUGUGA